AACAAACAAAAAAACCACCACCAAAUUAAUCAUAAAAAAAUCACGUGAAAAUAUACGAAUGAAAAAAAAUAUACAAAAUAAAUGUAAACAUCUGUAAAAGAAAAUUAGAGGUGAAAAUUAACGAAUCAUUAACAAUCAGACGUAAAAACAAAUAAAUAAUGAAAAAAGUGUCAUAUGAAAAUAAAAAUAUGAUCAUUUAAAGGAAGUUAUUUAUUAGUGGCCUAUUAGCAUGAACGAGUAGGAAAUGGAUAUUUUUAAUCAACCUGGCAACCUUGUACCGUCUGAUCUUCUAGCCUCUCGUGAAGACAGAAGCUGAAGUGUGUAGAUAUAGAUAUAUAUGUGUGUACGUGUGUAUGUGUGUGUAGUGGAAGAGGGGGAACAUUCCGCUUUUGAAGAGAAACCCUGUCACACCUGGGAGACUGCUGAAGGCGAACUGCGGUGAUGGAUCCAGACGUUGUGAACAUGUUCAUCAUCGCUGGAGGCACCCUUGCAAUCCCCAUUUUAGCUUUCGUGGCUUCUUUUCUGCUUUGGCCUGCAGCCCUUUUCAAGAUUUAUUACUGGUAUUGGAGGAGGAGACUGGGGCUGCAGGUGGAUUAUGCAGAGCAUGACGGAUAUCGCUUCUGUUACACACACCGUGGGAAGCCCGGGAGUCGGCCUUCUAUACUCAUGCUUCAUGGCUUUUCUGCUCACAAAGACAUGUGGCUGGCUGUGGUGAAGUUCUUUCCAACCAAUGUGCAUCUGGUGUGUGUUGACAUGCCUGGCCAUGCGGGCACUACGCGCACUAGUGCAGUGGACUACUCCAUUGAAGGCCAGGUCAAAAGGAUACAUCAGUUUGUGGAAAGUGUUAAGCUGAAUAAGAAGCCUUUUCACCUGGUGGGUACAUCCAUGGGUGGUUGUGUAGCUGGGGUUUAUGCUGCUCGCUAUCCAUCUGAUCUGUCCAGUCUCACACUGAUCUGUCCUGCUGGUCUGAAAUGCCCCAAGGAGAGUGAAUUUGUGAGACGUUUGAGAGACUUGGAGAACAGCACGGAUGUCCCAAGAAUCCCUCUCAUCCCCUCGACUCCAGAGGAAAUGGAGGAUAUGCUGAAGCUUUGCUCUUUCGUGCGCUUUAAGAUCCCUCAUCAGAUCCUUCAGGGAUUGGUCAAAGUCCGUAUUCCACACAACAACUUCUACCAUGAGGUGUUCAUGGAGUUAGUAGGAGAAAAAUCCAGACACUGCCUGCAUGACAACAUGCACCUCAUUUCAACACCACUUCAAGUCAUUUGGGGGAAGCAGGAUCAGGUGCUAGAUGUAUCUGGUGCAUCUUUGCUGGCUGAUACUUUGCCCGGAUGUCAGGUCGAUCUGUUAGACAACUGUGGCCAUUCUGUGGUGAUGGAGCGUCCUCGGAAAACUGCUCAUCUCAUCAUGGACUUCCUCACGCGCCAGCAGAAUUGGGGAAGCGGUAGCAACAAAAAGCUCUCUUGAAACUACACUUAUAAUAUAAUUUGUAAGAAAUUUGUAAAUCUUAAGUGUAUUUUUCUAGCAAACCCUCAGGGACAGAUCACCAGGGUUAAAUUCACUCUUGUACUAUUUAAGAUUUAGCAGAAUUAGAAUCAGAAGCACUGAAGAUUUUACUGUGAACUGGAAAAAACACAGGCACUAACAUUUUAAUGACAGUUUCAGGUUUUACCAAUUCAGAAAAUGCUCACAAAAAUACUAUUAUUACAUUUUAGAAGAAAUGUCAUGCAUUCUUUUAGGUAAUAGUGAAACACUGCAUGUACUUGUGUGUACCUUGUGUUGCAAAGCACUUUUUCAAGACUUCAUUGUAUGAAACAGCAUAAGGUUUUAAUAUGUAUGGUAUUUCUUCUGUGUUAAAACCCACAUAUAGAAGCUAACACAAGUGCUGAAAUAUAAUGGUGUAUUAUUUAUUUUUCAUGUAUAUGUAUAUUUCAUGUGCAUUUACUUAGUGUAUUUACCAAGUAAACUAGGUUUGGGUUGAGGGAUUUAUAGUCGCACCAACAACAGUCUUAUAGUUAGCUUGUAUAUGGUUGUACUGACAGAAUGCUUCAUUAUAAAUGAUAAGCAUCCCUAAAUCUGAGCUCUGUCUGCCGUCUGCACCUGUGGCUCAGUGAACAGGUAAGUAUGUGUCUCAGUCUGAUCACUGUUCAAGCCUGUGUUCAGAUGAGCCCAAAACUAAAAGGCACAAUUUUGCUUUAUGAGCACACAUCUUUGUCACUAAUGGAUGUGAAGUGGAAGAUAAAUCCAUCCUUGGUUUUGAGGUCUGACCUGGUAUUAUGUUGAAUGUAGUAUCGAAAGAUCACGUCAGUGCCCUUUGUUUUGGAUUUUUAACUUUCCAUUAACACCACUAGAGGACUUGUGCUAUACCAUUAGAGAUGUCACCUUUUUAUAUUGUGAUAUGCAAAGGUAAAUAAACAUUUAAGAUUUGUAUUAGACCUUAAACUUUAGUUAUUUUGUCUGAAUAAAUGUUUUAAUUGAA